GGUGGGCCAGUUCGACCCCUUCUCUCUCUCUCUCUCUCUCUCUCUCUCUCUCCCUAGCGGCGGCGACAGGGCGAGAGGCGCCGCCCUUGCCAGUCUUCGUCGGGCGCUUCGCCGGCCGAGGUGGAAUUGUGGAAAUGGCGGACGCUGCGGCGGCUACGACGCUAGAAUGGGCAACCAAGGAGCCCUGCCUCAUGGGGAUCGACGAGGCUGGCCGUGGCCCUGUCCUUGGUCCAAUGGUGUAUGGAUGCAUGUACUGUGCGCGGUCUUACAAUGACACUCUUGCCACCCUCAAAUUCGCAGACUCAAAGACCUUGAAGGAGGAGCAAAGGGAGGAGCUAUUUGAAAGUUUAAAGGUCAAUAGCUCUAUUGGGUGGGAAGUGGAUGUCAUAUGUCCAAAGGACCUAUCUGCUAAAAUGUUAAAAAGGUCGAAAGUAAAUCUAAAUGAAAUAUCACAUAACUCUGCCAUGGGCCUUGUUAGAAAAGUUCUUGACAUGGGAGUACUACUGGCAGAAGUAUAUAUAGAUACAGUGGGGGAUCCUGAGAAGUAUCGGAUCAAGCUGACUGAAAAGUUUCCAGGCAUUAAAUUUGUGGUUGCCAAAAAAGCUGAUAGCCUUUACCCAGUUGUUAGUGGGGCAAGUAUAGUGGCAAAGGUCACUAGGGACAGGGCCUUACGGAACUGGGUGUUUGAUGAAACAGCUCUGAAUAUGCACAUGAAAACUGGAUCAGGCUAUCCAGGAGACCCUGAUACAAAGCAAUGGCUAGAAGAUCACAAGCACCCGGUAUUUGGCUUCCCGACCCUUGUUCGUUUUAGUUGGGGAACUUGCACGCCCUUCUUCAAGGAUGCAGUUGAGGUUACAUGGGAGUCCGAUGAUGUUGAUGAAGAUGCAACUAACAAUGGAAGAGCCAAGCGACAAGUCAAGCUUUCUAGCCUAGGCUUUACUGGUUUCAAAAGGAAGACUGAAGAGAUCGAAUCGAGUGGAAAAGGCCGUUGCAAGUUCUUCCAGGCUCGCAAUCUUGAGCUGGUCAGGAAGUUCCAAUGAUGUGUGCUAACUGGGCAGUUAGUUGUAGUAGAGAGUAUUCUUCUGAAGUUUGAUUUGAACACUCGCAAGCACAAUGAAAAGCAACCUUCUGAAAUCAAGUAGAAAGUCAUGGAUCGAAACUUUGGUGGAGCGGCAAAUGCUGGACAGGUGUUUGUCAUGUAUUGUAAGGAACUGAUAGGAAUUGUAGGCUGUAACUUGGCUGGGAUGGAAAUCAGGACUAUUGGAAACGGAUGGAAGAUGAUGAUGGUCUUGACCAUCUCUAUCUCUUUA